AUGUCCUGCGGAUCUGGAUUCGGAGGCCCGAGAGCCUUCAGCUGCGUCUCGGCCUGUGGUCCACGACCAGGCCGCUGCUGCAUCAGCGCCGCUCCCUAUCGCGGGGUCUCCUGCUACCGAGGACUGACCGGCUUCGGCAGCCGCAGCCUGGGCGGCUUCUGCGGAGGCUACCGUGCUGGCUACGGCCGCAGCUUCGGCUACCGCUCGGGUGGCGUGUGCGGGCCCAGCCCGCCCUGCAUCACCAGCGUGUCGGUCAACGAGAGCCUGCUGGCCCCGCUCAACCUGGAGAUCGACGCCAAUGCCCAGUGUGUGAAGCAGGAGGAGAAGGAGCAGAUCAAGUUUCUCAACAACAAGUUCGCCGCCUUCAUUGACAAGGUUCGGUUCCUGGAGCAGCAGAACAAGCUGCUGGAGACCAAGUGGCAGUUCUACCAGAACCGCAAAUGCUGCGAGAGCAACCUGGAGCCGCUGUUCGACGGCUACAUCGAGACGCUGAAGCGCGAGCUGGAGUGCGUAGAGGCCGACCGCGGCCGGCUCGAGUCCGAGCUCUAUCACGUGCAGGAGGUGCUGGAGGGCUUCAAGAAGAAGUUUGAAGAGGAAGUCUCCCUUAGGGCCACGGCUGAGAACGAGUUUGUGGCACUCAAGCAGGAUGUGGAUUCCGCCUACCUGCGCAAGUCUGACCUUGAGGGCAACGUGGAGUCCCUCACAGAGGAGAUCAACUUCCUGCGGGCACUGUAUGAGGAGGAGGUCCGCGUCCUCCAGAGCCACAUCUCAGACACCUCAGUCAUCGUCAAGAUGGACAACAGCCGGGAGCUGAACAUGGACUGCGUCAUCGCCGAGAUCAAGGCUCAAUAUGACGACAUCGCCAGCCGCAGCCGGGCCGAGGCCGAGUCCUGGUAUCGCAGCAAGUGUGAGGAGAUGAAGGCCACGGUGAUCCGGCAUGGAGAGAACCUGCGCCGCACGAAGGAAGAGAUCAACGAGCUUAACCGCAUGAUCCAGCGGCUGACGGCCGAGGUGGAGAACGCCAAGUGCCAGAACGCCAAGCUGGAGGCAGCCGUGACCGAGUCAGAGCAGCAGGGUGAGGCGGCCGUCAGUGACGCCAAGUGCAAGCUGGCUGGGCUGGAGGAUGCUCUGCUGAAGGCCAAGCAGGACAUGGCCUGCCUGGUGAAGGAGUACCAGGAGGUCAUGAACUCCAAGCUGGGGCUGGACAUCGAGAUUGCUACCUACCGGCGGCUGCUGGAGGGCGAGGAGUGCAGGCUGUGUGAAGGUGUCGGAGCCGUGAAUGUCUGUGUGAGCAGCUCUCGAGGAGGCGUUGUGUGCGGUGACUUGUGCACAACUGGGGCCCGGCCGGUCACUGGCGGUGUCUGCAGUGCUCCCUGCAGCGGGAACCUGGUCGUGAGCACCGGUGGCCCCUGCGUCCCCUGCGGACCCUGCGGACCCUGCGGACCCUCGGUCACCUCCUUUAGCGCUGGUUCCUGUGGCCUUGGCUCCGGUGGGGUCGGCUCCUGUGGAAUCAGCUCCUAUGGGGUGGGCUCAUGCGUCAGCACCUGUAGAAAGUGCUAG